AUGGCCUCUCAAAAUAUGGACCCUGCAGCCGCCUUCUCCACAGCAGCUCUGAAAGGCACUGAGACCGGUGGGAGUGCAGCAAAGGGCUCAGUCACGAAGAGACUUCAACAAGAACUGAUGACACUAAUGAUGUCUGGAGAUAAAGGGAUCUCUGCUUUCCCGGAGUCUGACAACCUUUUUAAGUGGAUAGGAACGAUAGACGGAGCUCAGGGAACAGUUUACGAAGGCCUGAGGUACAAGCUGUCGUUGGAGUUCCCCAGCGGCUACCCGUACAAAGCCCCCCGAGUGAAGUUCAUCACGCCAUGUUUUCACCCUAACGUUGAUGAUCAGGGCUUCAUCUGUCUGGAUAUCUUGAAAGACAAAUGGUCAGCCCUGUACGACGUACGGUCCAUUCUUCUGUCCAUCCAGAGUUUAUUAGGAGAGCCCAACAUUGAGAGUCCAUUGAACACUGCUGCUGCUGAGCUUUGGGAUAACCAGGAAGCCUUCAAAGCUCAUUUGAACACAACCUACAAGAACUGACUCAAGCUCCUACAAUCCUGCCAUGUGUUUUAUUUCUGUGUUUUUCUAUGCUUCUAAUUAUGUACAUUUCAAUACUGGGUAUGUCUCUACAAUAUAUUUGUUUGUAUGACCUCUAUGUGAAUAAAGAUGUCUAGGUAUGUUAA